AUGACCCCUGCCAGCGUCAGGCCCAGACUCAGCAUUGAAAAGUGCCACAAAUGCUGGGAGCCAGGCACACUGCCAGCACACCGGACAAAAUGCUGCCUCAAGUGUGGCAAAGCUGGGCAUUUGGUGGAGAAGUGCACAGAAGAACCCUAUUGCCCCCUGUGUAAGCGGCCGCAUCGGGCUUGGUCCGGCAAGUGCGAGCAAUUAAAAACGUUCCUAAACUCGGCCAGGAGAGGAAGCAUCGCCGACGGCAACGGGAUGCCAUCUGCCAGCGCCGAGAGGCGAUAG